UCUAUCCAUCUAUCCAUCUAUCCAUCUAUCCAUCUCUACCUCUAUUCAAACAAUGCCUCCCAUCUAUUACCUCAAUCCGCCACCAAAUCCCUUCUGGGACUUUGUGGCCGGUCUCGAAGACCACCCUUUCUUCGCUCAACGUGGCCAAAACGUUCCUCCUCCAGCUAGACCUCAACGACCUGGCGGAGAACAAACUCGACCACCACCGGAUACAGCCUCUGCUGCCGCGGCGGAGGCGAGUGGCAAUGCCAAAAGCAAGCAAGCCGAUGUGAAUGUCGAGGAUCCACCAGAAGUUGAUCCCUCUACCGUCCGAUCCGAACAAGGCAUGCCGUUCCGUGGCCGUGGACGAUUUGAAAAAGCCUUCCAGGCCGAAAACAGCAACGAAACCAACGACAACAAUGGCUGCCCUGGCCGUGCUAAGAACCGUCACGGUCGACCUCAUCAUCACCAUCACCACCAUCGUCGCCACGGCAAAGGUCGACGCCGCAGUCGAAGCUCUUCCUCGAGCUCAAGUUCUUGUUCCAGCUCCAGCGACACCGACAGAAACAAAGACAACAACCCCAACACCAACACCAACUGGACCCCUUUCGGUGGCAGGUGGUGGCGUAACCGAGGGCCACCUGGAGGCCCUUGGAGAAACGGUCCUACUUUCGGUCCUCCACCAUUCAUGGCUGCGGGCAGCAGGGGUCCCAUUCCAGGAUAUCCUGGCGGUCCAGGUGGAUUUAUGGGCAUGGGCAUGGGAAUGGGAAGGGGCAUGGGCGGCGGUCCUCGCGGUGGCCGAGGAGGACAUCAUCAUCACCCUCAUGGUCCCCAUCCGCAUGGUCCCCACUCACGAGGUGACCCCCCAUUUGAUCCUCACCACGGUCGCACUGGAGGGUUCGACUUGAACGCCUUCCUCAACAAUCUGGGAGAACGUAUUGGCGUCGAUCUUUCCACGGCCGCUGAAGGCUUGGGUCUCAAGUCGCCCCAGUCGGGAGACACCGACUUCGAACCAAGAACUGACAUUUUCGAAACCGAGAACGAGUAUGUUAUGCACCUCUCACUUCCUGGCGCCAAGAAGACCGACUUGGGCGUCGAGUAUGACGGUGAACACUCGGCCCUCCGGAUCACUGGCGUCGUUCACAGACCCGGUGUCGACGAGGAGAUGAUGACCAAGUUGGUUGUGGACGGCAGAAAGCGUGAGACGGGAGUUUUCGAAAAGAACAUCCGCCUCGGAACUCCCAGAGACCCCGCCAAGGUCGACGUCCAAGGCAUUACCGCAAAAAUGGUCGACGGUGUCCUCGUCGUCCGCGUGCCAAAGGUCGACAAAGCCUUUGAGCGCAAAUCGGUCAACGUCGCCUCGUCCUCGCCGGAGAUUCCAGUCGAGAAUCCCGAGGAUAUCUACAACAACGACAACGAGAGAGAUCUUCUUUUUGACGCCGAGGAACAACAAGGGGAAGAUGACCAAAUGAUGCAAGACGCGUACACGGACCUACCAAACUCCCCCCCUGUCCAGCCAUACCCUGCCAAGGCAUCCAUGAGUAGUAGCAACGAUGCCAACGGCAAGCGCAAGGAAGCCGAGGCGGAACGCGAACGUUCUACGACUUUGGACUUUGAACACCCAAACGAGACGGUCGAGACUCUACCUCGUUACGAGGCCGAGGCUACUACUACCGACGCUCAUGAAGGAAAAGAAGAACAUAUGAGUGAUUGGGAAAAAGAAGGGUCGGACGAUGAAGGCGAGUACGUCAAGAUCAACGUCGACUAAUAACAACAACGACGACGACGACACAUUUUACGGAAACCAAAACCCCACGCAAGGUUUAAGGAAGGAAUGAAAGGAUAUGUAGGGCAAUUUCUUGGGAAUGGGUUUUUCCUCUCUUUUUCGAGGGACGUCUUGGAGUGUUCUCAUUUCAGCACAAGAAAACAAAAGUGCAAGUGCAAAUGCAAGUAAUAUAUACGAAAGUUCAUGUGUCACCACAAAGAUCAUGAUCUACGGUGUCGAGCUGUUGGCCGUACAGGCAAAAAAAAUAGUAUAUAAAAUACAAACAAACCAAAAAAACAACAACGGCAGGGCAUGAUGGCCCUCGCUGAAUUACAAACACUCAGUCAUAUACAUACACAUAAUCAA